GCGAGAACCCGGAAGCGCGGCGGCGGCGGCGGGGCAGGAUGGACGACACGCUGUUUCAGCUGAAGUUCACAGCAAAGCAGCUGGAGAAACUUGCCAAAAAGGCUGAGAAAGACUCCAAGGCCGAGCAAGCCAAAGUCAAAAAGGCCCUUCAGCAGAAGAAUGUGGAGUGCGCCCGUGUCUACGCCGAGAACGCCAUCCGCAAGAAGAACGAGGGGCUCAACUGGCUGCGCAUGUCGUCUCGCGUGGACGCCGUGGCCUCCAAGGUCCAGACAGCUGUCACCAUGAAGGGGGUGACCAAAAACAUGGCCCAGGUGACCAAGGCUUUGGACAAGGCUCUGAGCUCCAUGGACCUGCAGAAGGUGUCUGCAGUGAUGGAUAAAUUCGAGCAGCAGGUUCAGAACUUGGAUGUGCACACGUCGGUGAUGGAGGACUCCAUGAGCUCGGCCACCACGCUGAGCACGCCUCAGGAGCAGGUGGACAGCCUCAUCGUGCAGAUCGCCGAGGAGAACGGGCUGGAGAUCAUGGACCAGCUGAGCCAGCUCCCCGAGGGCGCCUCGGCCGUGGGGGACAGCUCCGUCCGCACCCAGGAGGAUCAGCUGUCCCGGAGGUUGGCUGCUCUGCGGAAUUGAAGCCUCCUGCUGCCGGCCUGUGGGGUGGAGGGGCCUGGGAGCCCUGGCAGCACGACCCCUGCACUCUGCCUCCUCUCCUGGGGUGCCUCGGUGCCGACCUUUCCCAGAGCAGGCAGGUGCCGGUGGGGACUCUGAGCAGAACCAGCCUCUCCCUGGGACGCUUCGCUGGGUGUGAUUUUGGGGUGUUUUCCACGUGAUGGUCGCUGCUGGUCUCGCCUCUGACUGAACACUGAAGGAAUUGGGGUGGUGGCGUGUCCUGGGGUGCUCACCGCUCCGGGUGCAGCUCCCUGCCCUCGGCAUCUGCUCUGGACAGGCUCUCUGGGACGUGUUUUCCUCGUGGCCCAUGGCCUGGAGCUGUGUAUGGGGAGCUGGGUGCCCCCCGGGGGCUGACCCCGCUCCUCACAGGCUCUGGGAAGGGUUGUUUCCCCGGCUGUGGCCUUCCCGGAAGGUUGGUGCCUUGCAGGAAGAGGAGAUGACGCCGUGGCAUCUCUUCCUUUGCAGUGACCUUCCUCAGCCUCCCCUUUCCCAGCCCGUUUGCCAAUUGCCAGCCCCCUGUCCUGCUGAGCCCAGCCUCCCUGGAGCUCGGCAUCACAAAGUGCCCUUUGACACGCUGGUCCUGUCCCACCACGGGGGCAACACCCCCCACACACACCUCCCCCGGCACUCUGGCAAUGAUUAUCCAGGCCUUGGCCUCCCCUGGGGGCUGGGCCAGCCCUGGGCUGGCAGCUGUGGAAGCCUCAGCCCCAUCCCCAGACGGGUGGGUGCGACAGCAAAGGCUGAACCAGCCCCAGAGCGUGUCUGGCCGUGGCUGGUCCCCCGGAGAGCUGCUGCCAUUUCCCCUCCCCUGGCCCCAGCUCGCUGCAUCAACCCUGGCUGCAGGAGGGGGCUGCUCCCUGGGGCCCCUCUCGCUGCUCACAGGGAAACGUGGCUGCUCAUCCCUUGGAGCUUGUCCCCUUCUCUGUGCCCCUUCCCUCCUGCAGCUCCUGGGCUCUGCUGAGGUGCUGGAUGGCUGGGGAUGAAACACAGCUUCCCUGGGCUGGCAGGAGGAGGGAGGGAAGCUAUCCUGCCCCUGCUGGGGAGGAUGGGGGGUUCCUGGGGUCGCCUCACCAGUGCUUGUGACACAAACACUUUUCUAGUGGUUAGAUUAUUUCUCCAGAGUUCAGUGGCCUUGGAGUGUGUGGCUGGUGCCUGACAGAGCCUUCUGCCUUGAUGGGGGGGGCUGAGGAAGAGGAGGAGGCUUUGGGCUCCAAAGUCACUUGGCUUCCCCCCCCCCCCCCCCCCAACAAAGGGAUGGGUAGAAAGCAGGAACCCCUCCAGAGCCUUGUGCCUGUGCUUUGGGGUCGGUGGCCUGGCCCUGCAGGGGCGCCACCAGCAGGGCUGGGGGCUGGCAUGUGCCCCAGGGAGCCCUGGCAAUGCUCCUCCUUUCUGUGUGGUGUCUGUGGUUUCAUUUGUCUGGGUUUUAAAGCUUAUCUUGUCUUUGCCUUCUUGUUCCCCAGCCCCGUGAUGACCUCCUGCUCUUUUAAAUAAACAGCCCCUGGCCAUCCUU